AUGUGCGCCGGCGAGCGGGCGCGUCGCGGCGCCGGGGGCGGAGGCGGCGCGGGGUCGACGGGCAGCCUGCCCAGGCAGCCGGGGGGCGGCUCGACGCCGGGGGCGACGCCGGCGGGCCGCCACGAGCGCGACAGGGACAAGGAGCGGCGCCGGGAGAAGCGCGCCGCGCUGGCAGGACCCUCCGGAGGCGGCCGGCCCCGCGGAGACCACGCGGCUCGGCCCCCAAGCGCGGGGGCGGACUCCUGCCUCAGCUGCGUCAAGGUGGCGCUCCUGGGUGCGUCCGCCGUCGGGAAGACCUCCAUCGUCAGGCAGUUCGUGUGGAACGAGUUCAGCGACGAGUACUCGGCGACGGACCGCCGCUACGCCUACUACCCCACCGUGGUGAUCAACGAGCGCCUGUACGAGCUCAAGGUCUCCGACAUUCCCGUCAUCCCCUACUUCCCCGUCAACUCGUUCUGCGAGUGGGCGGACUUCCGCUUCUACGGACUCAGGAGCGCCAACGCGUACGUGCUGGUGUUCGACCUGUGCAACACGGAGUCGUUCCAGUACAUCCGCAGCCUGCGCGACCAGAUGUGGGAGAGCCGCGACAUGCGCCACGUGCCCGUCGUCGUCGUCGGCAACAAGCUGGACGCCGGCUGCGGCGGCGCGUCCGGCAGCGGCUCGGGGGCGGCGUCGGCGGCGGCGGCGGCGGCGGCGGCGGCCGCGCUGGAGCAGCAGCAGCGCGAGCGGCGCCGCGACAUCGUGACGCUGGUGCGCAAGCACUGGAAGUGCGCCUACGUGGAGUGCAGCGCCAAGUACAACUGGCGAGUCGUCGCCGUCUUCAAGGAGGUGACGCGCGCCGUCGACGCCGCCCUGCACUCCGCCAAGGACGCCACCUCGCCCAUGAUGGACAACUUGCACGGCGCGCUCGACCGCAACAAGUGCAGCAUCCUGUGACGCCGGCGGCCCGCCGGGCAGCGCCGGCCGCCAAGGGGCGCGGCGCGGGCGCUCUCACCCCAGCAGUAGCAAAUUCCGUCACGUCGCGCCAGGCCGAACACGGCAGUAACUAAAGAAUCCCGGUUCGCUGGGCUCGUCCCGUGGCUCUACACCUACUUGAGAAAUGCGUGAGAUACCGUACAGUUUCCCAGAUACGUGAGACGACACUACUUAAACAAUUUGUAGUUCGAGCACUGGAAUGACCCUACUGAAUAUCCUGUGCAGUCGCUCAAAUCUUUCCAGAUCAGACACGAGCCUUUGACACGUACAUAUGCAUCUGAUGGAUCACUCGUGCAGACCCUUAAAAUUCCUCGUGUAGCGGUGCAUUUCUGAAAUUUGUCACAUAGCAGUUCAUAUACUAACAAGAUAUUAACACUGUCCAGAAAUGAAUAUAUUCAGCACAUCUUCAAAUUGGUACGUCACACUGGUCCAAACCGAGCACAGUGGACAGCCAAAACCAAUGUACCCCGAUUCAUUGGACUCAUUUCGUAUCUGCCCGAACAACGAGCAAUAUACGUAGUUCCAUAUUUCUCCGAGAUAUAAGACCGAAACCACUUGUACUUUUGUGUGUUGGAAUGACUCUAAUUACUAUCAUGUUAAAGCAAUGGGUCAUAAUAAGGAUAAAACCUUGAGGACAGAGUCGACUGACUAAAUGUCAUCUGAAUAAGCAAACUUGUGUCCCACUGCACCUAAACCGAAGCACUGACUCUGGUCUUCAUAGACAGGUGUCAGCCCCAUACACACACAAAUAUAAAUUCGGUCAUCAAUGAUGCAAGCGCACGUAAUUUCUUGUGUCCAUAAAUGAUGUCCAUGGCGACAGCAAAACGUACACUAACAAGACAUAUAUACUGUAUAGAAGUGUAGAAAUUCCAUAAUUCUGUGUGUAGCCACCCGAAGUGGCCGAACAGUUCUAGGCGCUACAGUCUGGAACCGCGCGACCACUACGGUCGCAGGUUCGAAUACUGCCUCGGGCAUGGAUGUGUGUGAUGUCCUUAGGUUAGUUAGGUUUAAGUAGUUGUAAGUUCUAGGGGACUGAUGAUCUCAGAAGUUAACUCCCACAGUGCUCAGAGCCAUUUGAACCAAUUCUGUGUAUAGAUAUGACUGGUAAACUAAAAUACGACCCUAGUGUACUAGGCUGUCUCGUCGCUGUUUCUAAGAAAUGUGUCUAGUGCCAUACAAUUUCCCAGGUGUAUGGCCCGAUAUGACUACACAUAUUUGAGGUUUUGAGCCCUGAAUUUACUCUAACGAUUGUCCCAAUAACGGAAUGGUUUGCAGUACGAUCAAGUCCCUGAGUACAGGUUUCCAUCAGCUAAAUUUCCUCCUACUGAGGAGAACCCGUGUCUCAUUGCUGCAGAAGCGAAGCCAUGGCUGAAGUGCUCCGCACAGGUGAGAGCCCCUAUGCGAACACAUAAGUAUGUACAUUUGUGAAUCACUAAUGUUUGGGCCAUAAAAUUCCUCGCAGGGUAGCACACUUCCGGAAAAUUUCGAAAUGCAUUUGAUGCUAGUUUUCUGAGGCUCGUGACAAAAUCAGUAUAUACCCUAACAGGUUAUCAACACCCUCCACACGUGAAGUCCAGUGAACCGUCAUAAGCAACGCACCCACCUUCAUUCGAUUACUCUCACGGCUGUCCCUACCUUCAGUACUGUUUGCAGUACCCUAUAAUUUCCAAGUUGUAUGAGUUAUUAUGACUAACAGUACUUGUGAUUUGGAGCAGUGAAUUACCUUAAUGACUAUCGGAAUAAAGGUAGCACCGAGCAUCCCAAAUUAUGUUUUCUGCGAGUAAUCAAACUAACUUCCACAGGAUGGAGGCAGAAUGCAGGGCAGCCAUUAAAAUCAGGGGCCAGGAAGUCAUCUACUUCGACUGUAUUAUAAAGAGCAUAGCUUAUUUGAUGACUACCGUAAAUACAAAUAACACCAAAUACAUUACUUUCAGACAUUUAAUGGAACUAUGAAGCACAGCAAUCAUCUCCCUCGGGUUGCAGGAAAUAUUCAUCCCGACAACAAUCUGAAAUAUAUCUCGAACUUUGAGCAAAUGACUAGGCAGAUAUGAGUGCUGAACAUCUCAGUUGUACUCUUCAUUACCAUAAUUAGAAAUAUCUACUAGAUGAAAGUAUGAAAUGUGCUACCCACGCACAUAAGGCUCACAUAUGAAGAUACUGGAAUAUGGAGAGAUGCCCAAAAUGCCUAUGUUUACUCCAAAGCAUACAUUUAACUUCGAUUCCUUGAUACCUAAUGGGGUAGGGCAUACUUGUUAUUAAUCACCUCGUACUGCGUAUUUGGAGGAGAAUCUAGUAUUUAGAUGUUCUGAAUGUGCAUCGAACAAGAACCUGUUAUAUUGAUUGGAAGAGUGGGGAUGAUUAGGUCCAAUAUCAGGAACACAAACCUUUCUCUGAAGUUCACAGUACAUAAGAGGCACAUUUAAUAUGUCAUUCUCAACGUCCAACGGACCAAAAAAUGUGUCUAUUGGGAUUCCGGGAGUGUUCCAGAACCAACCGAAAAAUAUCAAAUCACUUUAUGCCAUCGUCAUCAGGAGCUGUGUUAAAUUGUAGAUGAAAAUCAGUAAAAUGGAAAUAGAGCUGACUGCUUCUUGAUAAUUCGAUAAGUAACACUUAACAUAAUAUGUGCAUAUCUGCUGCUCAAAGCACCGACAGCUAGAAUCCAGUAAGUAAAGGUUCAGUGUCACUUAGGGCAAACAUUGUUACAGGUAUAAAGACUAACAGCCAUGGCCUAAAAAAGAUAACAGCCUACCAAACAUGUUUCUCAAUAAAAAAGGUAAUGUAGUUGAUUUACUGCACCAUUCCAAGGGAACAGACUCCCAGGAAAAUUAACCUCGAAAAAUUUAACAAAAAUGUGUGAAAUAAUACUGGUAAGCAGGAACAUAUUUCCAAGAAAGGCUUUCUACUUUGGCCUGUGAUACUGUGAAUUCAUUUUGUAUUAACUUUGAAUAUUUUUAUUCCUCGUAACAUUUAACACUUCAUGUCAGAUAACGAUAUACAUUGAAGAAAGUAAACAAUAAAAGUACAAGAUGCCCUGGAAAAUACACAGGAAAUCUGAAAAAUGCUGACUUCUGAACAUACACGCUUACCCCGGCGCGACGUAGAAGGUUUCUCGACAAGAAAAUUGUAAAAAAAACUAGCCGCUGCAAAAUAACUGAAAUAUCUAAUCUGAAUGAGCUACUAGGUAAGCGAAGGUCGUUGGCUAUAAAUUCUGGUACAUGCUGUCACCUUCAGUACAAUUAUCUGCUACAAAAGCCGUAAUGUCUUGUAGUUUUCAAUAUAAAGCACGAAAUCGAACACAGUUUGUAUUAAUUCAUUCAUCCUUACAGCGCAAUCACUUCUUAGUAGCCAGUCUAAGGUUUUCACCUUGACGUGACACCGAAAAUAUGCACGCCGUGUCAAAUGGUUAGGAUGCACGACACUCCACGCAGAAUUUUGUUCUUCGAAAAUAAAAUCACAGUUUGCACAGAAAAAAAUUAGAAUUCCUGUAAUUGUCAUUUAUUUCUAUACUUGUAAAUUUUCUGACACCUCAGAAGAUCCUAAAUUCAGCUGUUCCUCGGAAUUUAUAAAUCUGUAUAGAGUUCAUAGCGACACGACGACUCACACUUCCCGACUCACGCUCGGAGUACAGCCCCAGUCCUAAGGCACAUCAAAUCUUCUUCUAGUUGGCUGAAUCCCUACGCAGUCAGUCAGCUUUCAGUAUUGAUCCACCCAACCCGGUGUAUUCCGUCCCUGUGUCGGUCCCGUUCCGAAAUUCAUUUAGACAAAAUUAUCACAUAAUAUGUUUCAGAAAAAAAUCUGAAAUAAGUUUGAAGAUUCCAGAGUAUCGUAAACUAGAUUCUUUACAAUACGCAAUUUCCCCUCCGUAAGUGAUUCAUAAUUGCAACACAUACGCAAAUUUCCAUGUUCAUACACCCUUCGUUACGAUUACACUGCUUCAUACAUCACAUAUAAGUAACAUUUAUCCUCUCAUUCGCUCUAGCAACAGAACAAAUGAAAUUAGAACUGUUUAACACAAUUCAUAAUUUUAGCAAAACAUAAAUUAUUACGUAAAAUUGUAUUCUAAAGAAUGUGUUUUAAUGAGUUAUUGAAGGAUGUAUAUCAAGUCUGCGCUCUUUUCUGACUUUUACCCGUCAUAAAUAACUUUCAAGAAGUUAAGUUAUUAAUGAAAGUUAUGAAGUCGGUGUUUUAUAUAAUUUUAUGUGUCUUAAAAAGUAUUUUAGAUAAGAUGCUGACAUUAUUACUGGGGUUAGCUACUAGCAAUAUAAAAUGUUGUACAAAAUUUUAUUUUAUUUUUCGUAUGAUUGAGGUCUGAUUUAAGUUAUAAUAAUGACUGUAAUAUUCUCUCGCUCUUAACGUACCAAUACUCAGUUCAGCUGCAGAUACCGGCGAAAUCACACAUCUGUCAAUGUUAAUUCAUGUCUCAUUGCAUGUAUCAAGUUAGCUCCCGUAUAAUUGUAUACGGUCGAUGUGCAUUGCUGCGCAACAAAGUCUUACUGUGCCACUGAAAUUUUUACAAUAUUGAGAAUUUGGAUAGCUUUGAUUACAAAAAAAUGGCUCUGAGCACUAUGUGACUUAACUUCUGAGGUCAUCAAUCGCAUAGAACUUAGAACUAAUUAAACCUAACUAACCUAAGUACAUCACACACAUGCAUGCCCGAAGCAGGAUUCGAACCUGCGACCGUAGCGGUCGCUCGGCUCCAGACUGUAGCGCAUAUAACCGCACGGCCACUCCGGCUGGCCUAUGAUUACAACUCUGAUUUUGAAUAUCAGGACUGUUUAAUAUCUAACACAUUAAAAUCUUAGGCUUUUAUCGCUGAGUAGGAAUAUCUCUGGAAUGAGCGUCAGAUGCACAGUACACAACUUUUGUUGUCAACAUAGCAUGAGUCCAUACGUCUAGAGACAAUAAUGUGGCGUAAAGUUUAUCCGUCAUCACUCGGAAAAAUUCGAGUGCCAUUACAGCAGACGCAAGAAAAUAUCGGUCAAAAGUGUCGUGGAUUUUGUACAUGCAGCUGAUAGGAAAGUGACAAUGUACAUUCAGCACUUUGUAUGUCACUCGUGUGGGUUUCGGGUGACAAUUCACUCACAGUAACCUUUGCCUGUCGUUAAAUACCACUAAAAGAAGACCGAUUGGCCACCUGUAUAAGUGGCCCCCAAUUUCGCCAGCAGCGUUAUCCGAGGGUGGACGAGCGAAUUUAGAUCAGGGUACCCUUUUGUCCUUGGGGUGAUAAAUCUCCCCUAAAGGCGGAUGAACCACUGCACCUUGAUCAACGUCACAGAAUGAAGAAAACAAUGGCAAACAACUACAAUUAGGAUCUUAAGAAUAUUCCAAAUAGAAUCCAACCCUGGAAGUUGACUUAACGAGGAAUUAAGUACUGAUCAUGGAUCUCCUAACUCAAGAUCUGACAGGCGAGGUGAAGACUUCUCAGGUCAUAACCAAGCGAAAUAUCACUACAACGGCCUGAAGAUGGAAACAUGAAAUGUACGAACACAAAAUGCGGGAAAACUGAAUGAAGUGAAAGACCAGUAAUUACGAUGUCUGCAACUGGUUAAUGAUAGUUAAAAUAAAUAGAGCACCUGCAGACUUGGUAAUACUUCAGAUAUGAUUACCAACUUUGGCUCGUGACUAGUAAGAUGUGGAGACUGGGUAUGAAGAUAAUAAUAAACUAUUACAACAGAGAAAAACAAAGAAAUCGUCGAAAUAAUCAUCCAUUUUAAUGCACCAGUGGAGUUCCAUAGAGGCAUUAAAACUGUAGGAAAUUUUGACUGCGGGGGAAAUAAAUGUGAGAGGUGGUAGAGUUCUGCAGUCAAAAUUAUAUGGUUAUUACAAAUUAUUUGAAGUUACUCUUAGAAGAAGAUGCAUGUGGGAGGCGCCGAACAAAAGAUGAUUGCUAUUAGAUUGAAUACUAGUGAAGCAAAAGAACAGGAGUCAGAUAAAACCAUACCAAAGUUAUCCAGGUAGGUCCAGACACUGAUAGUGACCAUGUACUUGAGUUAGCCAAAUCCAGCAUUAGAUUUAAAAGAACCAAGAGAUUUUGUUAGAAAUAAAUGGAGAGUAGAAGGCUCGAAAGAAGAAUCAACAAAGAUGGCUUUUGAAGAAACGACCAGGAAGAAUACAUAGUGAAGUGACCAGACAAUACAGUGGCGUUAUAUGAAGAUGAAGAUAGCUUAAGUAAAAAUGAGGUUUUAGGAAAAAGGGAACUCGUACUCAGUAAACCUAGGGUGACAGAAGAAGCACUGUUCCUAACUCGGGAAAGGAGCACACUCAGAUAGGAAAACAAUGUAGGUGACUUAAGAUGAAAUAAAAAUCACACAACAACCAAGCCCAGAGAAGAAAAAGAGACAUGAGUCAAAAGUAAUGCUGCAAAAGCAGCAGGAAAUAGGAAAAAAGCAAAAAAAAAGUCAAAUGUAUACGAAAAUCAGUGUCCUUCAGUGCGAAGCUAGAACUAAAUCUGUAGUAAUUAAAUAUCUAGAGGGAAUGUUACUAAUAGACGGCGAAGAGAUACGUAUUCGUUGGAAAGAAUAGCUGUAAAACUGUGCUAUGAAAUAUUUCUACCAAAGGAUGAUCGACUAAUUAACAACAUUAAAGACGACAGUGUAUUGAGUGACUUCAUUCAGUGAGAGAUGAAGUUAUUAGUGGUCCCUCAUGAGCGGAAAAUCAGAUGUUAAUAAUUGAAACAGUGACGGACGAAGUGGCUUAGGUAAGGAAUGUUGUAAAGUAAACAUCUACCCACAUUUACAGUUUUUCUCAGAAUUGACUAGCAACAGAAAUUCCAACUGCAACGAAGUUCAUUAUGAGAAACUGAGAAACAUGGUCUAUUUUUUUUUUAAGUUAGCUGUAUAAAACGAUACGGAAAAACCCCAAAUUACUAGACGCACAGACAGUACUCUCUACCGCGUACGUGAGUCGGUAAAUUUCGUCAGCUGUUAUUCUUUCUAGGCGAUACACAUUUUCUUCGUUUCAGAUUUUCAUAAAAAACAACAAAUCAGAAGAAAUUACCUGUUACAAGGUACGUAAUAUGAGUUACAGGCAUGUAUGCACGUAAUCUUCCAGAACUGAGUGAAUGGAAAGAACGUUACAUCGUUUCUUUUGUUCGUUGGUCAACGUACCAUCAUAAUCCUGUCUAUUUACAAAAACGUAUCUUCAUAUAAACAAAAUGUAGCGCGCGGGCUCAAGUUGAACCUUUACUUUGAACUCCCAUUUUAGUGUCUCGAUCCGUUUCACGAUUUUCUACCCAGAACGACAAAAAAAGCCUUUCACCAGGGCGUUUCAGACUAUGUGGAACAGUUGAUCUGCCAAGUACCGAUUGAGAAUAGAAUAUUCAUAUAUAACGAGGAUACACGAAAUACCAACUGAACCGCGAGUUCAUGUCAGUUCAUAGUUGAGAAUCAAUUUCGUUUUCAGUCUUCAGUUCCAGUAUUGGCGAACCUACGAGGAUAUGAACAAAAGUCGAGGUUUUCUUGUUUCUGCAGUUACCACAAAGCUGAUGACUUAGCUUCCAGCCAAAGCUCGAGAAUGAAUGCCCUGGAACAGGAAUAAAGUCCUGCAGAAUUUAUACUGAAGCUGAACAGCUCGCGGCGAAAGUUUAUUUUCAUUUGAAGGGUGAAGCUACUUAACAAGUUCGGUGCUCAUGGCGCUAAUUAAGUUAAGUGCCCUGUCUAAUUAACAGCAAUACAAAACGCAACUUUUAAUUACAGUUAUGAUGGAAUUAACUGUUACUCUUUUUUAUGAAAUUAAAAUGUUAUGUUGGUUGUUUCAAAA